AUGGUCAUUGAUCCAAAGAGACAUUUGAUGGCUCACCCUAUCUAUUAAUUAGGUGAUAUUUAAGAUAUAAAGCAAACUCAUCGUUAGACAGAUGGAAUAAGAGAUAAAAUGGCUCUAUAUUCUGUGAGAGGUAUCAGAAGAGUAUUUGAUAUGCUAACUGGUUAUAAUCAAGAUAGAAUGAGUGAGAGACUUUGGUUAAAUAGAGUGAUAUUUCUAGAAACUAUAGCUGGAGUGCCAGGAAUGUGUGGUGGAAUGACAAUACAUUUAAAAAGUUUGAGAUCAUUGAAACCAGAUAGAGGAAUGAUACACUACCUUCUAGAAGAAGCUGAAAAUGAGAGAACUCACUUAUUUCUCUUCAUGAACUUUAAAAAACCUAAUUCAUUGUUCAAGCUAUUGAUAGCAAUGACCUAAGGGGUGUUCUGGAAUUUUUACUUCUUGUGCUAUUUGAUGAGUCCUAAGUUCUGCCACAGAUUAGUAGGUUAUCUCGAAGAGGAAGCAGUUUAUACCUAUACAAUCUUGCUAAAACAAAUAGACUAGGGUUUCUUACCAGAAUUAGAGAAGUCUGACGCACCUAAAAUUGCAAAAGAAUAUUAUGAUUUGCCUGAGGAUGCCAAAUUUAGAGAUAUGGUAUUGGCUAUCAGAGCUGAUGAAAGUAUUCACAGAGAAUUCAACCAUUAUUUCGCUGAACUCAGGCCAGAAGAAGAGAUUGAAGAGCUUGACAUAACUGUGAUGGGUCAAGAGACUAAAAAUAUCACUCAAACUGACUGA